GUAAAUUUAUUUAUGGUGCUGACUACUCGCCAGUGUGUGUGUGUGUGUGUGUGUGGAUGGAACACAUGACACAAAAGGGGAAGUAUCAAAAUGCAUGUGUACGUAUCUUCACUCAGUCUUCGCACCAUCGAGUGGACGGCCGACCUGAUUCCUGCCGUUCGACAAAUACACGCAGACUUGUUCCGGGGAACUUCUGCAGCUACAUUCGAUCCAAAUCGUCCAAAGGUCCCAAGAUGCUUUCCGGUGAGCCAGCGUCUUUUCUCCUCCUCAACGCCUCCCUGAGCGUCCCGGCGGCCAAGGCGAGUAAAGGAGGCAACAUGGACACGCUCUCUGUCGUCCUCAACACGCUCACCAUCCUGCUGGGCAUUCCGGGCAACUCUUUUGUGAUCUGGGUGGCGGGCGUCAAGGUCAAGGCAAACGUCCUCAACGUGUGGCUGGUCAACCUGGCCGUGGCCGACGUUGUCUUCUGCUUCACCCGAAUCUUCUCCCUGGUCAAGAAGCUGUUCCUGGACCACUGGCCCUUCGGCUUGUUCAUCUGCAAGUUCAAUGGCUUCUUCAAGUACGCCAACAUGUUUUGCUCCGUCUUCAUGCUGGCCGUCAUCAGCGUGGACCGGGCCGUCUGCAUCUGGUUCCCGGUGUUCACUCGGCGCCACCGCACCGUGUGUCACGCCCGAGUGGUGGCCGUGUGCGUGUGGGCGGCGGCCGUGGUCUUCAGCACGCCUUACUUCUUCUACCGGCAAGUCUUCCUGAGUGCCAAGAACCUGAGCAAGUGCACGGUAGAGGAGGUCAAGGACGCAGACGCCAGGACGGCGCUCUACUUCAUCCGCUUCCUGUGCGGUUUCGCGUUGCCCUUCCUGGUCAUCCUGGGCUGCUACAUCCUGGCCGGGGUGGGUAUCCGCCGCAUCCGCUUGUCGGGCAAGUCCCGCCCCCUGCGGGUGCUGGCCCUGCUGGUGGCCGCCUUCUUCCUGUGCUGGGCCCCGUACCACGGCCUGCUGAUGCUCAGGAUGGUGGACAGCAAAAGCUCGGCGGUCAAGACGUGGCUACCUUUCGCCAAGGGCGUGGCCUACUUCAACAGCUGCGUCAACCCGCUUCUUUACUUCUUUGUGGGCCUCAAGAUGAAGGGCCGGUCCAAGAAGUCUCUGACGGGUCUUUACAAGAGAGCUCUGGCCGACGAGGUUGACGGACAGUCAGGGCAGACCAACGACGACUCCGUGGAGAGCCAGUCUCGGAUGUGACGGUGGGGGGGGUGGGGGCUAAAAUAACUGCUAAAUACUGUACAAUAAGAAUGAGAAUAAUAAUAAUGAUAAUGUAUAGCACCCAUUGUAGCUUCAAAUGUAAAGAAAAAGGAAAGGUUUCUUCUCAUAAUACCGUAUACCGUGCUGUUUACGGAAUGCAUAACUAGUCCCACCGGAUUUGCUCACUAGUCCUGUACAGUGAGAUGCAAAUUUUUAUUUAUUUUUUUUGGUGGGGGGGGGAUUUUUGGGGAAAAUGCUUCGUUUUAGUUUAGUUUGCAUUCAUUUUAGGAGUAGUCCUUUCAAUAAAUGGAGUUGAGUAGAAAAUUUUCUUUUUUUUUUUAAGUGGUGUGGCCUACUUCAACAGCUGCGUCAACCGGCUUC